GUAAGCCUCGUUGUAUUUUCCCAUAUUCCCUCCAAAUAGGUAGGUAUAUUAUUGCCAUCUCCCCUUUCAUUAGGUAUAUAUUAGUGCGACGUUGGUGUUCGUGCAUUCCAAUAUCUCUAUAUUGUGUUGUUUAUACGUCUUCAGCCGUUAGUUGCCUCUCACAGCUUUCCUGAUCCAUUUCAUUACGUCAAGAUGUCUUCUCACCAAUUGAGCAACUAUAUCGAGAUAGUCGCGCAAAAAAUGAUUUUUGUCCUAGAUGAACACACUACCAUAUCGUCUUUGUUGGGUUUCGUUGUGCUCGUCUGGGUCUCGUGGUGGUGUUGGAGGUUCGCCAUCCAUCCCAAGCUGCACCCUGACGAGCCAAAGGAACUACCUUACUUGAUACCGAUCCUGGGCCACGGUCAAGCCUUUUUCCAAGAUUCAAACGGUUUACUCGCUCGAGCAAGAAGGUAUUUUUCCAACGAUAAUGAGCCCUUCGCCCUGACCGCUUUCGGCCACACCUUCUACGUCGUCACCAACGCGAAGCAGUCCGCCGAGGUGUACAGGAACAUGGAUUCGCUUUCUUUUGAGGAGUUCGUCCAAACCCUUAUGAGGAUUAACGGAAAUGACGAAGAUACCAUCAGGACCGUCUAUUCCCCCCUGCCAACAGAAAAAGACGGUUUUCCAAACCCCGACGGCCUAUCCUUGGGCGUCCUCGCUCAGCGCAUGCACAAGCACCAGCUCUAUCCAGGCGAGAACAUGGUCGUGCUCCAAAGAAAGGCCCAAGAUUGGAUCAACCGCAAGCUUAAUCUUGACGUUCUCGGAAAAGAAUGUACGUAUUCGCCGUCGCGGAGUCCGGAGCACAUCCAGCUGCCCCUUUAUCAGUGGACAUCUGACUACUUUGUCAGGCUCGGACAGUACAUCUACUUUGGGGAUGUCUUGCACCAGGUCGAUCCGGACUACGCAACGGCUUACGUCGUCUUUGACGAGGUAAUAUGGAAGAUGCUGUACCAGUAUCCGUCAUUCCUAUGCCGUGACAUGACCAAGCCUCGCGACCAUAUGAUGGCGUCGUUGAAGGCGUACUUUCAGAUUCCUCCGAACCAGAGGAGAGAUCAAGCCGCCUGGAUCAUCAACGCCAUGGAGGACGAGAUGAGAAGUCUAGGAGUGGACGAUGAGAAUCUGGCAGUGAUGAUUUUUCACCUCUACUUUGCGAUCAACACCAACGCGCGCAAGACGUCUUUCUGGAUGUUGACGCACCUUAUGCGCAACCCGUCCUACCUUGCCGCCUUCCGCUCGGAGAUGGCGCCGGCUUUCCGCGACGACGAGCUGGUGGACGUGAGCUACAUCCAGGACGCGACCAAGUGCCCGCAGAUCGACGCCAUCUGGCACGAGACGCUACGCGUUGCCGGCUGGGCAGCGUCUGUGCGACUGGUCACUCGCGACGUCACUAUCGGCGGUAAGCGUAUGCGUAGCGGAAACCGAGUCAUGGUCCCGCACCGCCUGCUACAUUUUGACCAGGAAGUCUUCGGCGACGAUAUCGACAACUGGCGGCCCGAACGGUGGCUCGGCUCCGAGGCGGCCCGGAAGCUGCCAAACAGCCCAUCAUGGAGACCCUUCGGCGGUGGCAAGACAAAGUGUAGCGGCAGGUUUCUAGCCAAGUACUUUGUCACCGCCUUCGUGGCCACAGUGCUGCACCGUUUCGACAUCGAGAUGGUAGGAGACCCACCAAUGCCGGAGGCGGAUGUAGGACGACCUGUGUUGGGUAUUAUAUCGGUUAAGGAGGGACAAGAUUAUAUGGUUUCUAUCACGAAGAGAAAAAAGAAUUCGGGUUGAAUACUUGGUAUCGACCCGCGGUUAGAACGUAGAUGGUACCCUUCAUUAACAAGAUUGCGCAUUGUGCCUAUCACCCGAUGUUGGAUCGGCCUGACGCGGACCUUUCCAUGGACGAUUUUGCGCCUAUCGCAUGCGUCACAUGUACUUUACUGAGAAAGCUUAGUCGAGGCAAUAGUUCGGAGGACGCUGGUAGGAACCUUGAACUGUUGCUCGAAGCUCCUGAUCUCUAUCUAAAUCUCGAUGUACCCGUCCCAAGCCAUGACUUUCAGAUGUGGGAGCGCCAAAUACCGACCCCUGAGAGAGGUUGACUUGGAUGUGGUUCGUAAAUGGCUGGAUAUAUGUCGUGAAAGCCAUGACCAUAUGCAACCAGAC